AUGAAGGAUGAAUAAGCUUAAAUUACCACUACCUUAGCUACAUAAAAUUCUUCAGCAAACAGAAGGAUGCUCUUUCUAAAUAAGGGUCAAAUAACAAAAAGUUAUAUUGAUUAGACAAAAUAAAUAUGUGUCUAGUAGAAAAAAAAGAAAUAACCUCCCUUUCAAAAAAGAUAUUAGUAAGAGGAAGAAAAGAAUGAGAGUAUUGAAAUACAGAAAGAUUUAAUGAAAGUAGAGAUUUUUGAUUGGUAAGGUUUCAUUGAUCAAGAAUAGGAUAUGAUAAAUAAAGUAAAUAAUGAAGAGGAUCAAUAAACUAAUAUAAAGUCAGCCUUAACUGUUAAAUGCAAAUCGAAUCCUUGUGUAAAAAAUAUUGGAAAUGAUCGAUUCAAUUAUUUCUAUAAAAUGAAAUUAGCUAAGUAAUAUAUCAAUUUUACUUAAGCAAGCAAUUGUCAGCAAUUAGUACUUAAGACUUUUUAAAAAGUGUUAGGAAUUCUUAAAAAUUAGAUGAUUAUACAAAGCUAUAUAAAUAGUAGCCUCAUAAUCUUUAUUUGAGUCUAAAUUUCUCAUAACCUGAAAGGAUGCCAAAAACUUUUGGAUUAAUACAAAAUACUUAAUAAUUGACAACUGCUAAUGCAAGUCACACUUUAAGAAAAAGUGAAGAUUACAAUGCUUUUUCAAAUGCUAUGCUUACAUAACAAAGUAGACAAAUAUAAGUUAUGUAAUUGAAUCAUAAUUCAUUUACUCCAAUCUAAUUACGUGACAUACUAUCUACUUUCCCUAUUACUUUAAAGGAUUUAGAAUUAUAAAAUUGUAAACUAAAUUAUAUGCAUAUGGAAGUAUUGAUGGCCUUUACAAGCAAGAAUUAAAUUUAUAAAUUAAAUCUUGAGAAUAAUAAUAUUAGGGAUUUAGGAUGCCAAAUUAUUAUGAAACAUCUCUUAACAAAUAAUACACUAUAAUGUAUAAAUUUGAACAAUAAUUAAAUUACAGAGUGUGCUUGUAAUGCUAUUUCAAAUUUAUUAAAAUAAACAUAACGUCUUCUAGAAUUAUAUUUAGGAUAUAAUUUUUUAAAUGGAAGCGCAGGUACUAUUAUAUGGAAAGCCAUGUAUAAAAAUACUAGUGUUAAAAUUCUUGAUCUUUCUCAUAAUACAAUUGCUUCAUUAGAAUGUGCAUAAUCUAUUAAUAAAGCAAUUUCACGUCCAUAUAAUGAAUUAUUACAUGUUGAUCUUUCUUAUAAUAAAUUUACUAGUUCUUAAGCUUAAUUAAUUGCUGAGGCAUUGUAAAAGAAUGAAACAAUUUAUGGAUUCCAUUUUGAAGGUAAUUAGUAAGAAUUAGUUGUGAAUUCUAAUGGAUUUUUAAUUAAUAGUGCUUAACAAUUCAAAUAAAUAUAAGAAAAAUUAGCAUUAUUAUAUAAAUAACCAUAAUAUUUUAAAUUAUUGGAUGAACCAAAAAUAAAAGAAAAUCUUAUAAUGAAAAGAGAAGAGAUUUUAGUAAUGCCAUUUAGUAGGUAGAGAAAAAUUAGAUCUACAAAAUUGAACUAAUAAAAAUUUAAUGAAAUAAAUAAACUUGAUACUUGUUGGAUUUGUGAAGGAUGGUAAGAAAUAAAAUUUGAAUGGACUGCUCAUAAAUCUGGUACUUUAUAUAAUGAACCUAUUUUUAUCCAUUUUGAUUUUGAAGAUUAUAGACCUUUAUUGAUGACAUUUUUAAAUAAUGAAUUCUUUUAUGUAAAAAUGUGUCCACCAAAUAAAGAGAUUCAUUAUUUCUUUACAAAUCCGAUAUUAAGUACUUAAUAACCAGCAUUAGAUUAAAACAUUAAAUAAAUGAAUAUAUAAUCAAUACCAUUUUUAUACAAUGAUGAAAUUUUGGUAGAUGGGAAUGUAAUGGAGUAAGUUAAUGUUUUUAAAACAAAUGAUAAAUAAAAGUUAUUUGAUAAAUAUAUGCCUAUGGUUCAAUGUAAACCUAGAGAAUAAUUAGCUAAGUUUGAUUUUUCUCCUUACCUUAACAUUAAGAAACAUUGUUGGUCAGUUGAAAAUUCAAUAUUUAAACAUUUUUAACCUGAUACACCAAAUCUUAUUGAUGAAUGCUUUGAAUUUGAUUUUUAAAAUUCUAAAGUCACCCGUUUAGUUAAAGAUACAGAAUUAAAUGAAAUAAAAGAUAGUCUUAAAAUACUAUAUCGUUAACUUUUUCACUGUUAUAAAUACCAUGCUUCAGGAUCACUAAAUACACCAAUUCCAUGUAUAACAAUAUAAGAUUAUAUUGAUUUUUUACUUUAAGCAUCCUUAUUGGAGGGAUAUAAACCAAAUGAUAUAGAUAUUAGUUUUACAUCUACAUCAGGUGCAAAAGAUGUCUAAUUUCCAUAAGCAUAUGAAAAAGGUUUAGUACGUUGUCAGUUAUUAGAAAUCAUGAUUAGGAUGUGCAAUGAUAAAUUUAUACGAUAAGGUAUAUGUACAACUAUGAGUGAAGCCAUUAAUCUAAUUAAUAAAUAAGCUUAAGAACACUUUUCUAAAUUUGAUUAAGCUUAAAUGUGGAGGAAGAGUAGAUUAUGGAAUUAAAAAUGCGACAUUAUUUUAAAUGAUCGUUUAGCUAUGUUAAAAUCUUUAUUUAAAUAUAUUAGUCGUUUAAGUAAGAAAGAUAAAUAAUUAUAUAAAUAUGAUUAUAUUUCUGCAUAAGAUUUCAAAGAUUGGAUUGUAUAAUCUAAAUUAAUUUGUGAUGAUCUUACUGAAAGAGAAUCUUAUUUAAUCUAUUUACAAUCUAUGAUCACAUAAAAAGAUGAAUUAUAUUCAAGUAAACAUUAUCAAAUGAAUUUUCAUGAAUUUAUUGAAGCAUUAUGUAGAUUAGCUGAAAAAUUAUCAAUCAUUAGAGGAGAUAAACCUUUAGAUGUGGAUGACAGAAGACCUUUAGAUUUGACUUCUAAAAUUGAUGGUUUACUUCUUCUUCUUUAUCUUUUAAUUGGGAAUGAUAUGAAGUAAACUCUAACAACUAAUGAUCCUGAUAUUAGAGGUGUUGAUAAAUGUAUGAUAAAUGAUUUCAAAUCUUUAAAAUAAAAACUAGAAGAUUCAUUUACUGAUGGUGAUGAACCUCCUUAUGAUCCAAGAGUUGAAUUGCCACAUUUAUAAAAUCAAAUUACUAAUCUCUUAGGAAAUACUAUUGGGGGCAAAAAAUAAACUUUAAGACAAUAGCUUAAAUAAGUUAAAAGAGAAGAACAAAAAUUUUCUCUCAUUAAUUUUGUUCAAUAUUUUAAAAGUAUCUAAUAAGUUCAUGUUGAUCAUGAUGAAUGA